AUGUCAGUAACAAAGCAUUAUUAUAUGACCGUUCCAUAUUCCUUGACUGCAGGUCUAGGCAACAGUUCCCUCCCCUGCCCUGUCUGCUCCCUGACCUUCGACUCGGCCAAGCAGCUCCAGCGCCACCUGAGGGGACACAGGGAGAUCAAACGGUUCCUGUGUACCUUCUGUGGGAAGGGAUUCAACGAUACGUUUGACCUGAAGCGACACACUCGGACACACACCGGUGUGCGGCCUUACAAGUGCGCGGACUGCGACAAGGCGUUCACGCAGAGGUGUUCACUGGAGUCCCACUGCAAGAAGAUCCACGGACUGGUCGAGGACCUCGCCUUCAACGAGAGGAGGGUCAAGCUCUACGUCUGCGAGGACUGCGGUCACUCGACUGACCACGCGGAGGAUCACUACGGCCAUGUCCGGCUGGCGCAUCCGUCCAGCCACCUCAACGGUCAUCACGCUGUCAUUUCAGCCAGAUAAAUUCAAAAUUGUCUCUUGUUGGCUUGCCCUGCCUCUCGCGAUAAAAUCAGGAGUUGUCGUUCUUUUUUCUUACUUCCCUUGCCUUUCCCGAUGAAAAACAGGAGUUGUCGUUCGUCUC